AUGGUGAUGGCACGAGCUUGGACUUACUCAGCUGUCGUGAUUGUGGUGUUGGGCGAGCAACCACCAGAGAGGCGGAACGUGACAGCGGGGCAGCCAUUCAUCUCUGUGGAGCCGAGCCUUGACACUGAGGAGGGGAAUGCUGCAGACCCCCUCCAGAGCAACCUGCCUCUGGGGGCCGUCAAGAGGGGCGCGCAGUAUCUGGAGUCUUUCAUGAGCGGGCCGCUGUUCCCUGUCAGGCUGGUGACCAGGAGCUUUGAGCACAGCAUGUUUGGGGAGGCGGGGCCUGUGGCGGUGUACGAUGUCUCCAGCGGCGUUGUCUACUUGGACAGGAGGGUGUCUUGGACCAUUGAGGGGCUCUCUAAGAAGGCACAAGUGGCGCUGGAGGCAUUUUCGGAGCAGCUGUUUGGCGGCCUGGGUGAGCACUGGGGGGCCCAGCAGCGCAACGCCUCCCUGGGUAGGGUUGAGGAGCAGGGGGGGUUUGGCGGGGUUGCAGGGGUCGCUAAGGUGGUUGCACGCACGGCCGCGGCGGCGCUCGCAGCUACGAUGGCUGCGCAGGUGCCGGUCUGGUUUUGCAUUGCGUGCCCUAUCGUGCUUGGGCUACUGGCGCCCUUUGUAUUCAACCUGGGCUUGACAGCGGUCGCAGAAGCUGUCUGCCAGCACUACAGCCUUCCCGACGACCAGUGCAACGAGCUUUGGUACGGCGCAUUUGCGUUGGCAAUGGUGCUCUCACUGGCAUCGGCAAUCCCCAUUGUCUUUGUGUGCCGCCUGCCAGACUGCGCAAAGGGCAUUGCGAGGACAAUCCUCCCCUACGCCUGA